AUGCCGCCGACGAUGAAUAGGCAAUCUUCCGCCACGAUGAGCAUGCACCAGCGCCUGGAAGCCGCCACCGACCUUACAAAGCUCUCACCAAUUUCUGACGAUAUCGUGGUAGCAUGUCUCCGCGAACGCUUUAUGACGGACACCAUCUAUACCAGAAUCGGGACAGCUGCCCUCGUUGCUCUCAACCCCCACAAAUACGUCUCUUCCAACGCAGACUCAAUUCUUCACAAGUAUGCCGCGGAGUACAGGGAUUCGUCAGAGCAGAAGGAGCGACUCCCACCUCACAUCUUCCAAAUCGCCAACAACGCCUACUACCAUAUGCGGAGGACAACACAGGACCAAUGUAUUGUCUUCAGCGGAGAGACGGGUAGCGGCAAGUCCGAAAACCGACGGCUGGCAAUCAAGUCGCUCCUGGAGCUCAGCGUUAGCAACCCUGGCAAGAAGGGAUCCAAGCUCGCCAACCAGGUCCCUGCAGCAGAAUUCGUUCUCGAGUCUUUCGGGAAUGCACGCACUCUUUUCAACCCGAAUGCCUCUCGUUUUGGAAAAUACACCGAGCUGCAGUUUUCGGAGCGCGGUCGUCUCACAGGCGUCAAGACCCUCGACUACUAUCUAGAGAGAAACCGUGUGGCCGCGGUUCCCUCGGGUGAACGCAACUUCCACAUCUUCUACUACCUGGUCGCGGGUGCAUCCCCUGAGGAACGACAGCAUCUUCAUCUGUUGGACAAGACAACAUACCGGUACCUGGGUCAACGUGGAACAGCAGGCCGGCCCAAUGGAGGCCGUGACGAUGACGGACUGCGUUUCGAUCAGCUCAAAAUAGCUCUCAAGACCAUUGGGUUCUCGAAGCGACACGUUGCCCAAACAUGUCAACUCAUUGCAGCCAUACUUCACCUCGGCAACCUCGAGUUCACAAUUGACCGCCACCGCAACGAGGAUGCUGCCGUUGUCCGUAACACCGACGUCCUCGAAGUUGUAUCUGACUUCCUUGGCAUCCAUACAUCAACCCUCGAGUCAGCUCUCUCUUACAAAACGAAGCUCGUCAAGAAGGAGUUAUGCACGGUAUUCCUCGAUCCCGAUGGUGCCUCCGAGAAUAGAGACGAUCUAGCGAAGACUCUAUAUUCCCUCCUUUUUGCCUGGUUGAACGAGCACAUUAAUCAACGUCUGUGCAAAGACGACUUCAGCACCUUCAUUGGCUUGUUUGACCUGCCAGGUCCUCAGAACAUGUCAAGUCGUCCCAACUCGCUUGACCAGUUUUGCAUCAACUUCGCCAAUGAACGACUCCAGAACUGGGUUCAGAAGAACCUAUUCGAGAAGCACGUGAACGAGUACAAUAUUGAAGGUAUUUCGCGCUUUGUCCCCCAGGUUCCCUAUUUCGACAACGCGGAAUGCAUUCGACUCCUGCAGAACAUUCCAGGAGGCCUUAUCCAUAUUAUGGACGACCAGGCUCGCCGGCAACCCAAGAAGACGGAUCAUACAAUGGUGGAAGCCUUUUCGAAGAGAUGGGGCAACCACUCCUCAUUCAAGGCUGGCGCAGUCGACAGAAGCGGGUUCUCUUCAUUUACGGUCAACCAUUUCAAUGGUGCCGUCACCUACUCCUCAGAAGGCUUCUUGGACCGCAAUUUGGAUGCAAUCAAUCCCGACUUCGUUUCUCUUUUACGUGGUGCCGCCGAUGGGCUCGAAGGCACUGGUUCCAUCAACCCUUUUGUCAAAGGACUCUUCUCCGCGAAGGCUAUCGCCACCCAAGCCCACCCGCGAAAUGAAGACACCAUCGUCGCCGCGCAGCAGGCAGUGAAGCCUAUGCGGGCACCCUCGACACGCCGGAAGAACACCGUCAAGCGGAUGCCUACCUUACGUGAGGGAGAUAUCGACGAGAAGGAACGUGAUGAGGAUGAAUCCCAUCCUGCUUUGUUGACGAGUAGCAGCCCCUGUGUUGCGGGCGAGUUCAAGGCGGCGCUGGACACGCUGUUUGAGACACUUGACGAGACUCAGGCGUGGUACGUUUUCUGCAUCAACCCGAAUGACUCGCAGUUGCCCAACCAGCUGGAAGGCCGCAGCGUUAAGGGUCAGGUGAAGGCAGUCGGCUUGAGCGAGGUCGCGAGGCGCUGUAUCAAUGUCUUCGAGGUGGGCAUGACACCUGCGGAGUUCUGCGAGAGGUAUAGGGAGGGGCUUCAGGCUGGUGGUGUCACGGAGGGCGACGGGAGGGAGGUUAUCGAGCAGGCGAGGACGGUAUUCAGUUUGACUGAUAGGGAUUUGGUUCUUGGUGCGCAUAAAGUUUUCUUGUCACAAGCUGCAUUCCACAAGUUUGAGGACCACCUUCGGUCGCGCGAUGUCGAGGAGCAGAAGAGGAAUAGGCUUCGGGAUGCUGAAGCGGAAGCUGGUCUUGAUCCACGAGGCCUCGACCCCUAUGCCCCGUACCGUUCGCCAAACAUGGAACAGGAUGAUGCAUGGGGUGGAGCCUACGCUGAUGCUUACAACGGCUCGAAUCAAGCCCUACCUCUCGUCGCAAAUGCUUCGCCGUUCCAGAGAGCCGAGAUGUACGACGACUACGAUGAGGACAAGUCCGUACGCAGCGAAGAUUUCGAUGGUCGCAGCAAGUUCACAAGCCAGCGAGACGACUCUGUAUCACAUUUCGGCUCGGAGUCGUAUGCUCCUUCUCGCAACAUGUUCCAGAACACCGACAAACGAGGCUUGAUGGAAAAAGAUCCUCUCCCUGGUGAUAUACAGGAAGGCGAGACGGCGGAAGUCCUCAAGGAGAGCUCUGCACGCCGACGAUGGGUCGCGCUUUGCUGGAUCUUGACAUUCUGGGUGCCGACGCCCCUCCUGACUUACAUCGGGCGCAUGAAACGGUUAGACGUCCGUCAGGCCUGGCGGGAGAAGCUCGCGCUCAAUAUGAUCAUCUGGUUUGUUUGUGGUUGUGCUGUGUUCGUCAUUGCCGUCCUUGGAGUGCUCAUCUGCCCCACGGAACAUGUUUUCAACUCAUCGGAACUCGCUUCACAUUCGUUCGCACUAAGUCCGAACAACGUGUACACGUCGAUUCGAGGAGAGGUGUUUGAUUUGACGAAUAUUGCUGCCGCACAUCAGAGAACCGUGGGGGUUAUACCAGCCAAAUCGAUCCUGAAAUACGGCGGACAGUCAUCAGACAACAUCUUCCCUGUGCAGGUCAGCGCUCUCUGCAAUGGCGUAGAUGGCAAUGUUAGUCCGUAUGUCAUUCUUGAUUCCAGGAACAACACCGACCCGAAUGCACAAUAUCACGACUUCCGUGUUUUCACCAACGACUCACGCCCUGACUGGUACUUUGAACGAAUGGUGCAGAUGCGAUAUACCGCUCGUGUUGGUUUCGUCGGUCUUACUCCCAAGGAAAUCCGCAAUUUGGCCUCUACAGGUAACUCGGUCGCCAUUUACAACGGAAUGGUCUAUGAUGUUACGAAUUACCUGAAGAGCCCUCCUGCCGUUCGCGCUCCUGACGGUAUGCAAGCACCCGGUGAUACCAACGUGAACUUUAUGGACGGCAAUGUUAUCAACCUGUUCACAUUGAGAGCUGGCCAGGAUAUCACCAAGCAACUCAACUCGCUAAACAUUGACAAGGAUGUACUGGCCCGACAGAAAGUCUGCCUUCGCAAUUUGUUCCUCCUCGGCAAGGUCGACAACCGACAGUCCCCUCAAUGUCUCUUCGCCAAUUACAUACUACUCGUCCUCUCUAUCAUUAUGGUGUCUAUCAUUGGCUUCAAAUUUUUGGCUUCUAUCAACUUUAGCUCAGCGCGCGCACCAGAAGACCACGAUAAAUUCGUCAUUUGCCAAGUACCUUGCUACACCGAAGGCGACACCUCACUUCGCAGGACGAUCGAUUCUUUGGCCCAGAUGAAGUACGACGAUAAGCGCAAGCUCCUAGUUGUCAUUUGCGAUGGCAUGAUUGUCGGUUCAGGUAACGAUCGACCCACCCCGCGCAUCGUGCUCGAUAUCCUAGGCGCUGACCCGAACCUUGAUCCGGAGCCGCUCAGCUUCGUGUCGCUUGGAGAGGGUGCUAAGCAGCACAAUAUGGGCAAAGUCUACUCGGGCUUGUAUGAGUGUGCUGGUCACGUCGUCCCAUACCUCGUUAUCGUCAAGGUUGGAAAGCCGACUGAAAGGUCCCGACCUGGUAAUCGUGGCAAACGUGACUCUCAAAUGCUGUUGAUGCAUUUCUUGAACAAGGUCCACUUCAACUCGCCUAUGAACCCUCUGGAGCUGGAGAUGUACCAUCAGAUCAAGAAUGUUAUUGGUGUCAACCCGUCCUUCUAUGAAUAUUUGUUCAUGAUUGAUGCCGAUACGACUGUCGAUCCUUUAUCCGUCAACCGUCUGGUCUCUGCAAUGAUCCACGACAAGAAGCUGUUGGGUGCCUGUGGAGAAACAGAGCUGGCAAACGCUAAACAGUCCUUGAUUACGAUGAUGCAGGUUUAUGAGUACUUCAUUUCGCAUCACAUGGCUAAGGCAUUUGAAAGCCUCUUCGGCUCUGUCACCUGCUUGCCUGGUUGUUUCACCCUCUAUCGGUUGCGAACACCUGACACCCAUAAACCUCUGCUCAUCUCUAACCAGUUGAUUGAGGACUAUUCGGAGAAUCGGGUCGAUACGCUGCAUAUGAAGAACCUUCUCCAUCUCGGUGAAGAUCGUUACCUUACAACCCUCCUUCUGAAGCAUUUCCCUCGCUUCAAGACACAGUUCAUCCGUGAUGCACAUGCUUACACCGUGGCUCCUGAUGACUGGAAGGUCUUGCUAUCUCAGCGCCGUCGAUGGAUUAACUCGACUAUCCACAAUCUUGGCGAGUUGGUCUUCCUUGAACAGCUCUGUGGUUUCUGCUGUUUCUCAAUGCGUUUCAUCGUCAUGAUCGAUCUGCUUUCGACCUUGAUUCAGCCAGUUACAGUUGCUUAUAUCGUCUAUCUCAUAUAUCUGACAGCGGGCUUGGGCAAAUCCAUUCCUACGCUUUCUUUGAUCAUGAUAGCUGCUGUCUACGGUCUGCAGGCUCUCGUCUUCAUCAUGCGGCGCAAGUGGGACAUGAUUGGCUGGAUGCUGUUCUACAUCCUUGCCAUCCCUGCAUUCUCCUUCUUCCUGCCUCUCUACUCAUUCUGGAAGAUGGACGACUUCUCAUGGGGUCAAACUCGUGUCGUACUGGGAGAAUCUGGCAAGAAGAUGAUUGUCCACGAUGAAGGCAAGUUCGACCCAAGGUCUAUUCCGCUGAAGUCUUGGAACGAUUAUGAAAAUGAACUAUGGGAUAAAGAGUCAAACCACAGUAUUGGCUCAUGGGUGCCUCCGAACAAGACCAAAAACGAAGGAUAUGCUGAGUCAAGGACUGUGUCUCUUUACGGCCGCGAAACGCAAUACGAACCAAGAAGCUUCUCCCCCGCACCAUCUCAAUUCGGCAUGCUCCCUCCGCCUGGAUAUCAGUCAGGCCGAAAUACGCCUCAAUCGCCGUAUCACACGAUGCCAGAGCCUGCGUUAUAUCAGCCAACUCCUUCGCGACCUGCGACGAAUUAUCUUGAUAUUGCCAUUCCAAGGACAAGUCCGGAUGAUGUCGACCUUCUGGGCGGUGGCAGCCGACCUUCCGACGCUGACAUUGAUCGGGCCGUCCAAAAUGUCCUACGUUCAGCGGAUCUCAACUCGGUCACCAAACGUGAAAUCCGCCGUCAGCUCGAGGAACAUUUUGGCAUGGACCUCACCUCACGAAAGACCACGAUCAACGCGUCCAUUGAUAGGGUACUUCUCAACCCAAGUUGA